AUGGCUACUAAAGUAUCAGUUAACCAACACGCUCCCAAGGAGCAAACUGCAUCAUAUAAACGCCCUGGUUUUGGUGAUGAGGGGCCACAGGGCUCCAAGGACCGCAAGACAAGGGUGCUGACAAACAUGUUUGAGUUAAAAACGGAUCCAAACAUGACCACAUAUCAUCAGUAUACCGUCGAAUUUAAGCGGUAUUCCAUGCGCGAAGGCGAAGCAGCGCGCACAGAACCUCUUACCGGUGAAUCUAAUAAUAACAAACGUCUUCGAAGACAUAUAUUUGCCACGUUUCAAAAGAGACAUCAGGACGACUUUUUCAGAAACGUUGGCGUUGCGUAUGACGGUGGCCCUAAUGUCUUUACAACUGGACAACUAGCUCUCAGGGGAAACAAUCAAGCCAGUGAGCUCAUCGAGUUGGAAGAUGACCACGACCGUGCCGGCAAGCCAAACGAGUUUUACAUUGAUAUCAGAGAAAACAACAAUAAGCCAACAAUCUCGCUUGAUGAUCUGAAAGUCGUCUUGUUGGGUGACACUUUCGAAUGGACUUUUUUCAACAACUUGGGGCUGAAAAUGCUCAAUGCUUUUUUGCAUCACAAUCCCGCGUUACGAUACGUACAAUUUGGUGAAUCAAUCUUCGUUCCCGAAAACAGGAGUCAGCUUGGAGGGGGUGUGGACUUGUGGCAGGGAAUUUUCGCAAGUGUUCGACCAGGAGAAGGUGGUGGAAAAGGAAAACUAUUUGCGAAUGUAAAUGUCACCUACACUACUGUUUAUGAACCAGUCGAUCUGGCUACGUGGUUGUGCAGAUUCCUAAAUUGCGAGAAAGUUCCAGCCAAACUUGAAAAUAAUAUGCGCGAAAAUAUAAAUAGUGUCUUGAAGCAUAUCAAAGUCCGUCCUCUUCAUCGUCCGGAUUGCAAGACAAAAUAUACCGUCGCUAAACUUGCUACCGUAACCGCAGAUAAAUACAAGUUCAUGAACAACAAAUCUGGAAAGGAGGAGACUGUUGCGGAAUAUUUCAAGGAAGCUUAUAACAUGACACUCAAAUCUUACCAUAUGAUCGAAACCGUUGGCUCGAGAAAGGACCUGAUCCCGAUUGAAUGCUGUGGCAUCGUUGAGGGUCAGCGCUAUCAAGGCAAACAAUUGACCGGAGAGCAACGCGCUAAUAUGAUUAAAAUCACCGCCAAGCGCCCUAACGAUAACAAAUCGAUUAUCCUAGAUGGUAUUAAGAACGUAUUAUCACUCAACCACGACAAACUGCUUCGAUUAGCCGGUUUAUCUGCCAAUAUGCAGAUGGCCUCUGUACCCGGUCAUUUCAAGAAAAUGCCAGAAAUUAUGUAUUCGCCAUCAUCUAAACAAGGUGCAACAGUCAGACCGAAACCUGACGAUGGCGCAUGGAAUCUUCGUGACGUUCAAUUUAUCAAGCCCGGCGAGGAAUUGCGCAAUUGGCUUGCCAUUUCCUUUUUGCCAGAUAGAUUCUCAGAGCAAGCCAGAACGUUUCUCCGUGAUUUAGCCAAUCAAGCCCGAGUCCAAGGUAUGAAAGUUGCACAAAAUCUUCAGCAAAGAGUCGCGUCUAUCCGAUGGCGGAACGACAAACAGACUCGUGACGAGAUCAUUAGAAUCCUUCAGGAUGCAAAGAAAUCAAAUGCUGGGUUGCCCCAACUGGUUGUAUUCAUCGUUGAAGAUGAAAACCGUAACCGUACAGCGAACGCCGACCAAUACAAUCUUGUUAAGCGAGUCAUGGAUACGGAAGUCGGGAUCCUGUCUCAGUGUGUUCAAGCACCACAUAUUAUGAGGAUAAAUAAGCAAUAUCUUGCAAACGUCGCUCUGAAACUUAACCUAAAACUCAAUGGAACAAACUCGUCCGUCAAUCUCCCUCGAAUCGAUAAAGUCCCUAUGAUGCUUAUUGGUGCUGAUGUCACUCAUCCACAGCCUGGUUCAACCAUGCCAUCAAUUGCAGCAGUUGUAGGAUCUGUUGACAGAUAUGCUGCUCGGUAUGCAGAGAGACACGUAGAACAAUACAAAGAACCAACUACUGGCAAAAAGACUGGUCGUGGUAAAGAAGAAAUUGAUACUAUGACCGACUUGGUAGUCGAACUCUUACAGGAAUUCAAGCGUAUCAACAAAAUGUUGCCCAAAGUCAUUAUUAUGUUCAGAGACGGUAUCAGCGAAAGUCAAUUUAAACCGUUGGCAUUGGAUAAAGAGCUUCCUUAUAUUAAGGCGGCGUGCGCCAAGGUGGAGCAGGAUUAUAAACCGACAAUUACAUAUAUUGUUGUUGGCAAAAGACACCACACUCGAUUUUAUCCCACAGAUCCAAGGGAUGCCGACAGAAAAGGAAAUGUGAAACCUGGACUUAUAGUCGAGCGAGAAAUUACCCAUCCGUACCUCUUUGAUUUUUAUCUUACCUCUCAUUCUAGUCUUCAGGGAACUUCCCGCCCAUGUCAUUACCAUGUCCUUUUCGAUGAGAAUAAAUUUCAGGUAGACGAGAUUCAGGACUUUACUAACAAGCUGUGCUACAACUUUCAGCGAUCAACCAGAGCAGUUUCUAUUCCUGCGCCUACUUACUACGCACAUUGUGCAGCAAAGAGAGCACGAUCGCAUCUUAAUGGACGUUUGCACAUGACUAAACCAGAGUUCGCUAGUCGUUUUCCGAUGUAUUACGUCUAA